AUGGCAACUUGCACCGCAGAGCAGUCCGUUCACUGGCAAAAAAUUCAGCGUAGAUUAGACGAGGACCAUCGAACUCUAGUACAACAUGCAAUCAUGGCAUACUUAUCAACAUCAAUCUUUAUCCCUAUUGUAGCAUUCCAAUUCGCAUACAAAGGGCCGACUUUUGUGCAAGACGAGAAAUGGCUUGUUCUCACGCAAAUCGCAAGACGAACCUUGAAAAUGCACAGAGAGGUCAGACAGUCGUGCCGACUCCGUGACACAGAGAAAGACCUUGACUGCUCUGGUCAAUCAAUAAACACGACCAAUGGAAGCAGCGUCAAACUUGAACUCACAGACCUUUGUCCUCCUGAAGAUGCAAAGGAUGAAUUGAAUACUGUCAAAGCUGUCCGGGCAUUGGAUGAAGAUAUUGUACAAAGAGAGGCGGUGAGAUUUGUAGUAUAA